AUGGACGCGCAGGGUAUCCGAGAGGACCCGAGUUGCGAUUGGGCGGGUAAAUGUGUUGGUGGAGGUGUCAAGGAUGGGCUCUCUGGGUUGUCGGGCCGCAGACAGCAAAGAGCAGAGUUGCAACCCCUCAUCGACGCCACGCACCCCACACAUCCAGAAUCAUCUCAUGAUCCAUGUUCUGGUCUUUAUGCUUCUGAGUUCUCUGCCAUCUGUCUGUCUUCCCCUACCCUUUCACGCCUCACAUGUCUCUCUGUCUCUUUUUCUCCUACUUUUCACCGUACCUUGCUGCUUGCUCCUUACGCCACACUACAAUUCUACGGUAAUUUGGCAGUGAAGACGAUCGGCGGAGACCCUAACCGCCCAGCUGCUCUUCCUCUGCCCGGGGAAGACAGGGUAGUGUUGAGCAUUUUAACAAGAUGCCACGCUACCUCGAGAGCCUUGCCAAUGCGAAGAGCCAUACAUGUACCAAACUGCCUUUACUCCCUCUCUCGUUUGUGUCAUUCCAGGACCGGCCGUGUCUCACCUGUAGACCUGCCGUGCAAGAGCGAAGACAUGAAAACGUAUAUCUGCACGAUGCCCGAAUCACAGGCCUUGUUUGCUAGUAAUGUCAGGCACCACAAUCCACUGGAGAGAGACCCGUCGAGCUCGAUUAUGUUUGUAUCCAAAGGUUGCUUUCAGUGCAACUGA